AUGGCGGAGGCUGUCGUGCUGGUGUGGCAGAGGGACCCGUGGAAUGGCAAGCUGUAUCAGGCAGAGCUGCCACACGGAUCUACAGUGAGAGAGCUCCUUCCUUCCACCGGGCCGGGAAUAUCUCGCUGUGAUUUUUAUGUGACCCGUGAUGGACGACGGGUUAGCAGAGACGAAGCUUUGCAGAAUGGAUUUACUUACAGCGUGGAACCGCGACUCCGGGGAGGAAAAGGAGGUUUCGGCUCCAUGCUCAGGGCGCUGGGGGCUCAGAUUGAGAAGACCACAAACAGAGAGGCCUGUCGUGACCUCAGUGGAAGGCGACUCAGAGAUGUCAACCAUGAAAAAGCUAUGGCGGAAUGGAUCAAGAAACAAGCCGAGCGGGAAGCAGAGAAGGAACAGAGGCGCCUGGAAAGACUAAAACGUAAACUGGAAGAGCCAAAACACUACUUCACCGACCCGGACUAUCACAAACAGCGCAGCGCCAUGUCUGAAAGGCUGGAGGACUCCGUCAUCAAAGGUCUGCAAGCUUCUUCCAGCACAGUGGUCUCCCCAGAGUCGAGCGACUGUCGCAAACGUAAGAUAGAGCCACCGAGCGGCAGUAGGAAAUCUAGCAAGAAGUUCUUUUGGUCUGGAGUGGAAGGGUUGGAAGUGUCCUCCAGCUCUGACAAUGGCAGCGACAGUGACUCCGAAUCUCCCAGCACAUCCGCUUCGUGUCAAAGUGCAGAGAUGAGACUGCACAGCUCUGAUAGUGAUUCUGAUGGACCUCCACAGUGUUCCUCAUCCACCUCAAUUAGCAAAGAGCAGAGUCCAGAGCUGAGUGACAACAUCGAGCUUGACAAUGAGGCCACGGGCAGUGAGCAGCCAGAUUCUGACUCUGGCCAGACAGAAGUGAUCAAAGAGGCAGCGGACGAAGAACAGCCAGUCGCUGACUCAAGUCAGACUGAACCUUCAGAGGCUAUACUGGAACCUGAGAUGCCAACACUCACUCCUGACCCACCAAAGGAGUCCCCUGCCAUGAUCAAUAAUUUACAAGGAAGUAAAGCCAGGAUGACUGCAUCAGAGCCUGCACAGGACUCUUCUUCCUUCAACCUCAUGUCAUUCUCCUCCGCUGUGGAGCUGGAGGCUCUGGGUUUUGACAAGCUGAAGACCGAACUGAUGGCGCUGGGCCUAAAGUGCGGCGGGACGUUGCAGGAACGGGCAGACAGACUAUUCUCUGUGCGCGGACUUUCCAGGGAUCAGAUGGAGCCCGCUCUUUUUGCCAAACCAGCCAAAGCAAAGAAGAAAUAAAGCGUCAAGAAGGACUGUAUGGAUUGGACUGGAAGAAACCCGGGGACAAUGGGAU